CAAAAAAUGUCAGAAGGAGACAGCACUGGUGAUUCCAUCCAUGGCAAGCCUUCAGUGGUCUAUAGAUUUUUCACAAGACUUGGACAGAUUUACCAGUCCUGGUUAGACAAAUCUACUCCUUACACUGCAAUACGAUGGGUUGUAACGUUGGGCUUAAGUUUUAUCUACAUGAUCAGAGUUUAUUUACUGCAGGGUUGGUACAUUGUGACAUAUGCCUUGGGCAUCUACCACUUAAACCUUUUCAUAGCUUUCUUGUCGCCAAAGGUAGAUCCCUCUUUAAUGGAAGAUUCAGAUGAGGGUCCUUCAUUACCUACAAAACAAAAUGAGGAAUUUCGUCCCUUCAUCCGAAGGCUGCCAGAGUUCAAAUUCUGGCACUCUGCUACAAAAGGUAUCCUUGUCGCAAUGACAUGUACGUUCUUUGAGGCUUUCAACGUUCCAGUUUUUUGGCCAAUUCUUGUGAUGUAUUUCAUUAUGCUUUUCUGCAUCACCAUGAAGAGACAAAUCAAGCAUAUGAUAAAAUACCGAUAUAUACCCUUCACGCAUGGCAAGAGGAAAUACAAAGGGAAGGAAGAAGUGGGGAAGACCUUUGCCAGCUAGAAAUCACACUUGAGCCUGCUGACCAACUCCUUACAUUUAUUUCAGGAGGAUACUGGCAUUUGACAACUUCGUCUCGAAUUCGGUGUCCUUUGGCAACAAGUUGCUGUUUCACGUGCCCAAGAGCUGUUUUCUCCCCUCACUGUCUUUCCUGGGAGGCAAGUACAAGCCACACUUGUGUUU